AUGGCGACACCAACAGAUAGCACGGCAGCAGCCGAUGCGAAACCAUUCGACAUUGUCGCAACAUACAAUGAGCUCCUACGCUCCGAUCCCGAUCUCACCAUGCCCAUUGCGGCCAUUGAAGCUUUAGUGCUUCUCCUCACACAUGAGCCCUCGUCCACAAUCUCAGAGACACUGGAUCUCCUCGCAAAGUCAACUGCACACCUGAAAAAAGCCACUCCAAACCCAAUCGGUCUCUCCGCCGGAACUGAUCUCUUCCAACGAUACCUGAUUACCACAUUACAACGGCCGGGCCAGCUGGGUCCUGCCGGGGACUUCAAAGCGAUUCGAACACACUUACUUUCCAACGGACGACUUUUUAUUCGCCGCGCAAAGGAAAGCCGAGAGAAGAUUGUUGCUUUCGGUCGCGGAUUCAUCCGUGACGGUUGCACGGUUCUCACAAAUGGUGGAUCACGAGCUGUUGCAUCGCUACUGCAGCAGGCAGCUGAUGAAGAGGGCGGUCCAUCCGCUGUGCGGUUUAAGGUUAUUUAUGUCUUGUCAUCGAUUGUCAAGGAUAUCGAGGGUCCCUCUGGAGAGCCCGAGGGUAUGGAGACGGUGCGUGCUUUGAGAGCGAAGGGUGUGCCUGUUUCGACGAUUCCCGAAUCAGCAGUGGCGUAUGCGCUUGGGAAGGCGGAUAUGGUUAUCGUGGGUGCUGAGGGUGUUGUUGAGAAUGGAGGUAUCGUUUCUCGUAUGGGUACCUAUCAGAUCGGUCUUCUGGCCAAGGCCAUUGGAAAGCCCUUCUAUUGUGUGGCUGAGAGCCAUAAGUUCGUUCGUUUAUACCCCUUGGGCCAGUAUGAUCUGCCCAUCGAACAGCAUGUUGUCGAUUUCAAGACUGAGGAGGAUAUCGCGCAAAAGUCCAAACUGCAGGCUGUCGAGUCCAAUGCGGACUCUCCUGUGGAGUUACCACUGGAAGACUCUGUUGACUUCACACCUCCUCAUCUGAUCUCCGCUCUGAUCACUGACAGUGGUGUUUUGACACCCAGUGCUGUUAGUGAAGAGCUGAUCAAGAUCUGGUUCUAG